AUGAGUGGAAGUGAAAAUAUUGGAAUAACUAAUUUACCUAGAUAUUUAACAUACAUUAUUGAAACAUGUGUUCCAUUUCUUGAAAGUAUUACUUGUUUUCCAUUAAUGGAACAUCCAAAACAAACAAAAAUGAAAGAACUUGCAAAAAAACGAACUGAACAAAUUGAAGAAAUUAAUAAAAUACUUCAAAAAUACCUAACAAUUCCACAUGAAAUUGAACAAAAGUUUACUCCAGAACAAAUGGUUAUAUCUAGAAUGAUUAAACAAGGUAUGAAUCAAAGUAUAAUUAUUUCAUGUAAAAGUAUUAAUGACUUACGAAGAGAAUUAAAUAUAUUUGAAAGAAGAACUCUUGAAAAAGGAAGAAUCCAAACCGAAUUAAAAAAGUUAAAUGAAGAAAUUAUCACUGAAGAUGAUGACUCUAUUAAUUCAUUUCAUUCUGAUGAACAACACACUGAAGAAAAAAAACCAAAAUUCUCUUCUUUUGACUAA